AUGAUCCAUAUACCACGUAUUUAUAGAUUAAUCAAUAAAAAUAGACCAUUAAGAUUGGAACAACAAAAUCAACAUCAAUCACCAAUAAUAACUUUUGAAGAAAGAUUUUCAAAAAGAAUAUUGAAUGAUUAUGAAUUGACACAAUUAAAUAACGAAUUAUCAUCAUUACCAUUUGAUUUUUUUAACGGUAACAAAGAAUUGUUUUAUAACCAUGUUUCUAAAUUUUUGGCUGUUAGAUGGGCAUUAAAAGAAGCAACUUAUAAAGCAAUUUACCCAAUGUACAAAUUAACAUGGAAAGAAAUUACUAUCAAGAAAAUUGAAGGUGCUAAACCAAGUGUUUACUUAAAUGUCAAUAACAACAACAACAACAAUAAUAACAAUGACAUUAUUGAUUUUAUUAAGACAAUAAAGAUUCAUUGUUCAGUUUCUCAUGAAAAAAAUAUUGUUAUUUCUCAAGUAAUUAUUGAAAAGUGA